CUAUGUGCUCCCUGUAUAGAUAUCGUGCUGACGUCCUGAAUGUGGGUCACCUCCUCUGUGCUGCUCUGUAUGUGCUGGCUGAAGAGGGGCAGUGCGGACAGCUGAGGGAAGACGUUCUCCAUGAGAGCAUAAUUUCUCAAAGGUGUUUAAAGGGAAUGGGGAGGGCCUGCAAUCUGGGGAGUUGGGCCAAAAAAUAUCAGCAGGGUUUGGGCCUGGGUCAAAGGAAUGUAAAUGACGGGAGGCUUGCAAGAGGGUGUUGCUGGGAUGGGUGCUGACCACGAAGCUGAGAGGGAGUCUCCGGCGUUUCUGCAGGGCGGCUCGCUCCGGCUGGGGCGGCAGGCUGGGUGCAGCUCUGCGGGGCUGGCCGCGGGCACCCGGAGCGAGGACCGGGCGCCGGGCGGACGGCGGGGCGCGGCAGGCGCGCUCCUCCCCCUCCCCACGUCUCCCCCACCCCUGGCGCGGCGCCGCGGCGGGAGGGGGGCGCAGGCAGGCGGGGGCGGCGGCGGCAGCGGAGCAAGAGGCUACGGCGACUGCUGCGAUGAAGGGCGGUGGCGCGGCCGGGCCGGGGGCCGAGGCCACGGCCCGGGCGAGGGCCAGCCGCCGGGAGCCCUAAGGUGCCGCCGGCCCCGACUCCACCAUGAGCGUCGCGCUGCAGGAGAUGGGCGGCGGCGGCAACAUGGUGGAGUACAAACGCGCCACGCUGCGGGAUGAAGACGCACCCGAGACCCCCGUAGAGGGCGGGGCCUCCCCGGACGCCGUGGAGGUGGGCAAGGGGGUCAUCCCUGUCUCACCAGGCCCCCGCCCUGGCAUGACGUCCGGCACACCUGGGAGCUCUGGGUUGCCCUGGAGGGUCACCUGCCCCCACCUCCGCUCCAUCUCUGGCCUCUGCGCUAGGACUAUGGUGGGAUUCCGGAAGAGGACAAGACACCUCUUGGGCUCGCACACCCAGCUGGAGCUGGUCUUGGCUGGUGUCUCUCUACUGCUGGCUGCACUGCUUCUGGGUUGCUUGGUGGCCCUGUGGGUCCAGUACCACAGAGACCCAUCCCACAGCACUUGCCUCACAGAGGCCUGCAUUCGAGUGGCCGGAAAAAUCCUGGAGUCCCUGGACCGUGGGGUGAGCCCCUGUGAGGACUUUUACCAGUUCUCCUGCGGAGGCUGGAUUCGGAGAAACCCUCUGCCUGAUGGGCGUUCUCGCUGGAACACCUUCAACAGCCUCUGGGACCAGAACCAGGCCAUACUGAAGCACCUGCUCGAAAACACCACCUUCAACUCCAGCAGUGAAGCCGAGCGGAAGACACAGCGCUUCUACCUCUCCUGCCUACAGGUGGAGCGCAUUGAAGAGCUGGGAGCCCAGCCGCUGCGAGACCUCAUUGACAAGAUUGGUGGUUGGAACGUUACGGGGCCCUGGGACCAGGACAACUUCAUGGAGGUGCUGAAGGCAGUAGCAGGGACCUACAGGGCCACCCCCUUCUUCACUGUCUACAUCAGUGCCGACUCUAAGAGUUCCAACAGCAAUGUUAUCCAGGUGGACCAGUCUGGGCUCUUUCUACCCUCUCGAGAUUACUACCUAAACAGGACUGCCAAUGAGAAAGUGCUUACCGCCUACCUGGACUACAUGGAGGAGCUGGGAAUGCUGCUGGGAGGACAUCCAGCCUCCACGCGGGAGCAGAUGCAGCAGGUGCUGGAGCUGGAGAUACAACUGGCCAACAUCACGGUGCCCCAGGACCAGCGGCGGGAUGAGGAGAGGAUCUACCACAAGAUGAGCAUCGCAGAGCUGCAGGCCCUGGCGCCCUCCAUGGACUGGCUGGAGUUCCUGUCCUUCUUGCUGUCACCGCUGGAGCUGGGUGAUUCUGAGCCUGUGGUGGUGUAUGGGAUGGAUUAUUUGCAGCAGGUGUCAGAGCUCAUCAACCGCACAGAGCCAAGUGUCCUGAACAAUUACCUGAUCUGGAACCUGGUACAGAAGACAACAUCAAGCCUGGAUCGCCGCUUUGAGUCUGCACAAGAGAAGCUGCUGGAGACCCUCUAUGGCACCAAGAAGUCCUGCACGCCAAGGUGGCAGACCUGCAUCUCCAACACGGACGACGCCCUUGGCUUCGCUCUGGGCUCCCUCUUUGUGAAGGCCACGUUUGACCGGCAGAGUAAGGAAAUUGCAGAGGGGAUGAUCAGCGAGAUCCGGACUGCCUUUGAGGAGGCCCUGGGACAGCUGGUUUGGAUGGAUGAGAAGACCCGCCAGGCAGCCAAGGAGAAAGCAGAUGCCAUCUAUGAUAUGAUUGGUUUCCCAGACUUCAUCCUGGAGCCCAAAGAGCUGGAUGAUGUUUAUGAUGGGUAUGAAGUGUCUGAAGAUUCCUUCUUCCAGAACAUGUUGAAUUUGUACAACUUCUCUGCUAAGGUGAUGGCUGACCAGCUCCGCAAGCCUCCCAGCCGGGACCAGUGGAGUAUGACCCCCCAGACAGUGAAUGCCUACUACCUUCCAACCAAGAAUGAAAUCGUCUUCCCCGCUGGCAUCCUGCAGGCCCCCUUCUACGCCCGCAACCACCCCAAGGCCCUGAACUUUGGUGGCAUCGGCGUGGUGAUGGGCCACGAGUUGACACAUGCCUUUGAUGACCAAGGGCGCGAGUAUGACAAGGAAGGGAACCUGCGGCCAUGGUGGCAGAAUGAGUCGCUGGCAGCCUUCCGGAAUCACACGGCCUGCAUGGAGGAGCAGUAUAGCCAGUACCAGGUCAACGGGGAGAAGCUCAACGGCCGCCAGACGCUGGGGGAGAACAUCGCUGACAACGGAGGGCUUAAGGCUGCCUACAAUGCUUACAAAGCAUGGCUAAGAAAGCAUGGGGAGGAGCAGCAGCUACCAGCCGUGGGGCUCACCAACCACCAGCUCUUCUUUGUGGGAUUUGCCCAGGUGUGGUGCUCGGUCCGCACACCCGAGAGCUCUCACGAGGGGCUGGUGACGGACCCCCACAGCCCUGCCCGCUUCCGCGUGCUGGGCACGCUCGCCAACUCCCGUGACUUCCUGCGGCACUUCGGCUGCCCUGUCGGCUCCCCCAUGAACUCAGGGCAGCUUUGUGAGGUGUGGUAGACCUGGCUCGGGGAGAAAUGGCCAGCUGUUGCCAGGGCCUGGGGCAGCUUGCCCAGCGAGGCUGUCUGCUCUGCGGUUUGGAGAAGGCAAAUGCCAGCUGGGCUGGGUCCGGCCCCUCCACACCACAGAUGACAUGAGUCCUAGUCCCUCCUCGACCACCACAUCGUGCCUCUGCUUUGGGGGUGUCCCUGCCUCCAGCAGAGCCCCCACCAUUCACUGUGACAUUCUUCCGCGUCACCCUGCCUGGAGGAGGCCUGGGCAGGGGGCACCAGCUCCCACAGGAAGCAGUCCACCUCUUCUGGUCCCAAGCUCCCUGGGCUUGGUGGCCACGGGGCCUGCGGUGACUGCCACAUGCUGACCACGCAGGGCCCGGCUGGUGUGCCUCCCACACUUCUCCCCAAGGCUCACUCAGUGCUCCCUCGGGAGUAGACGGAGCUCCUUUCAGCCCCACCCUCGGGGUGGCCCCCACCCCGUGUUGCUCCUGCUGCUGCUCCAAAUACUGCUGCCAGCCCUCGCUGACAAUCCACCUGUGCUCAGUUCCUAGUGGAAGCCUUCACGAACCUUCCUGCUGCCUCCCAGGUUCCCUGGGCUCAGAGGGGAAGAGUGUACCUGGAGGGGAUGCUAGUCCCCGUGUCUCGGCGUACAAGUCUUAGGGGAUGACUGAUUCUCCCUGGACCAAGCAGGAAAGCAGAUAGAGCAGGGAGAGGGAAGGAUAGAGUUUAUUUUUAUAGGAAAGAGAGUGGGGAAGGAGUGGUCUUGGCCCUGUAGGACCCUGUGCCAAUAAACAGACACGCAUCAGUCAGCCUGUCUCUUCCUUCAGUCCUGUUUUCAUUUACUCAUCCCACCAGUAUUUAUUGAGUACCUGCUGUAUGCCAGGUACUCUUAUAGGCACUCAUUUACUCACUCACCAGACACAGGGGACUGAAAUUUGAAGUCCCAAGAAGACAAAGAAAGAGGCAGGAUGGAGGAAUGGCAUGAAGUUGAGUCUGGCAAGUGGAGUACAUCCUCCGCUCACUGGUGGCCAUGUUCCAUCACUGGCUGUUCUAUAGCUGGAAGCGUUUGCCACGGCCCUCCACUGGUGCAUGCAGCUGGGUCUGACACUGAGACUGGGUAACUACUUGGCCAGGGUCGGCUUGGAAGAUGGGUGGCCCUUGCCCUGCAGUGGAGGGCAGCCCUGGCCAAGGUAGCAUUUCACUCCCUGGAGCUUGGAGCACCAGCCUCUGCUUGUGGCUGAGAAGACAUGCAUUUCUCCAUGUUCUCAAAGGCUCAGCGCUCCUGAGAGCUGCUCAUCCCACCUACACACGCUCAUCGAGGCCUACCAAGUUCCAGGCACAGAGACUGCAGGUUUGGCUGCCACCCUCCAGAACAAGUGAGGGAAACGGAGCAUUUAUUGAAUACCUCUGUGUUCCAGGCACUUCUGCUAGGUGGCUCAUUUCUUCCUUCCUUCAUUUAUUUA